GUCGGUUAAUCGAAAUUCAACCUUAUUAUAAUUCACAAUGAUUAAAAAUAAAUCAUUGAUUUAAAAAAUCCAUUCGCGUUUAGUACGCGUAUCAUUCAAGUGUGCUGUUUUAUUUUCUUUUGUGCCCUGUGGAUUAAUAAUAAAAGAGAUCAAAAUGGUGGCUCUUUUUCUAACUGUAUUACUGCUACCAAUGUUUGUGGUCGGACAAACACAAUCGUCAGACUUAGUGGCAACAUUUGAGCCUGAUAAUAUUUUAGUCAACAUGAAUGAGUAUGGCUACGUUGAUUUUAUAAUCACAGGAUCGUUACAAGCAAAUGAUGUAGUGACAGCCACGUCGUUGCGAGAACAACUGACAUCUGUGGAGUGGAAUUCAUCGAGGACUGUUUCGGAGGAAGCUGCCUUAAACGGACAAUAUGUUGGCAGGCUGAGGAUCAACGGUGUCUUCUUGGGUAGAACAGACAUUGUAUCUGCGAUACGACGCGGCACUUUGGAAUUGCCCACCAAUGGAACUCUUCCCGUUACUGUUAUCAGACCUCAAAGAGUUAUAGAUUCUAUAUUUACCACAAGUGUUGCUGUGUUUGUAUCCCUCAUUUUCAUAAACUUUGGUUGCGCGAUGCACUGGCCCACGGUGAAAGAGGUCAUCAAAAAACCUAUUGGACCGGCUAUUGGCAUGUGUGGGCAGUUUCUCGUUAUGCCGCUGCUAUCUUUUGGUCUAGGUUACCUUAUAUUUCCGGAUGACCCAGAGCUACAUUUAGGACUAUUUUUCACCGGGGUUUCCCCGGCUGGUGGCGCUUCCAACAUUUGGACAUUUAUUCUGGGAGGGAAUCUCAAUCUAUCGCUCGCUAUGACGUCAAUAUCUACUAUUGGAUCAUUUGCGUUUAUGCCGGCUUGGCUCUUCUCUCUCGGACAAGUGGUGUUUGCCAAUGCAAAUAUCGUCGUUCCGUACGCCCGAAUUGGAUACUUCGUAGUCGGUCUGACAGUGCCGUUAGGAAUUGGGCUAUCAAUGCAGAAAUUUACACCAAAACUCGCGAUCUUUAUGGUCAAAAUACUCAAGUGUUUCUCGACAUCUUUGCUUAUUUUCAUCAUCACAUUCGCAAUUAUUACGAAUCUGUACAUAUUUGAGUUGUUCUCAUGGCGUAUUGUUGUGGCAGGUAUGGGUUUACCAUGGCUUGGCUAUUUGUCAGGCUACGCUGUGGCCCGCAUUCUUCGCCAGCCACAUGAAGACGCGCUAGCUAUCUCUAUAGAGACUGGAGUCCAAAAUAUGGGCAUUGCAGUGUUCCUACUUAGAUACGCGCUGCCCCAGCCAGAGGCAGACUUGACGACGGUGGUUCCCGUAUCGGUAUCAAUAAUGACGCCGUUCCCGAUGUUGAGCAUACUUCUAUAUCAAAAAAUCAAGGCUUGUGUUCAAAAUCGAAAUCGAAGUGCGAAAAAUAUCAUAGAAGAUCCCACAACAGAAUCAGAUGUUCCUAAAACAGUAUUGGAUUCCAAACAAUCAGACACCACGUAACCCAUUGUGAUGUAAAAUAUUAUAAUAAGCUGUAAAUAAAGUUUUAUUUAUUGAUAUUCAA